UUCUCAAUGAAGACAAUAUUGCUCGCUUUCAGUUUGCACCUCGUCCGCUAGCGCACAUUGGGAUUCUCGCAGGCGAAGCCACGUGGGUAACGUACGUCCUCAACGACAUUUUGCUGGUUUUUGCAAGCCAAUACUCGCGGUGGGCAGCACCGCUUAGCGCUUGGCUGGUGUGGCUCAGCCUUGUCAUCCUCGAAGUCUUCUACCCGAUUCGAGCCACCGCUGCGAUCGAUCGUGAUUGCACGCGCGUCAAUGUGGAUGCUGGCAUCAUAUGUCACAGUGGCGUCGUGAACCUCGGGUCCUUUGAUCGCGUGCGGCUCAUUCUCGUCCUCAAUGCGGCGCUAGUACUCGCCUCGUAUCUGGUAACCGGGAUGUACCAGAUCCGCAAUCGACCACGCGCCAUGGUGCAGCGCACAACGACACCAUACUUGGUCUCGGCUGGCGCCGAUGUCUUCUUGGCGCCAAAAGGAGACGCUUGGUCCAUGGACGGGUCGACAGCAGCGAUGUGCGGCUUUCUUCGCACGCAACAUCGGUCCCGCCGCUUUGUGUUCGAUACGAAGCUCUGGAGCAUCUUUUACACGGACGAGAUCGGUCCUGUCCUGGACAUAACCAAUGAACGCUGUGCUCCAGCAUUGGUCCCCUUGCUCUCGGUCAAAGCCCGCUUUUUGCGUCGGUUUAAACUCGCGCUCGGCCUGCUCUAUCUCGCUGGGACGGUAGUUGGUAGCACCUCAUACCUCCAACUCUCGACCGUGAAUUUGGCCAACGACCGUUGGUGGGCCACGUACAACAGCACGGGGACGCAAACCUUUCUCUCCAACUGGUUCAACCGACAGCUUGCUCUGCAUAUGACGACGCGAUCGACGCGCCUUGACCUUUUGGAGUUUGCUGAUCUGACCGACUAUGCAAUGUUCAAUACGUUGGUUUCCUACAUGCCUACUUCGGCAAGACUCGGCCAGUACGAGUCAGCAAGUGACCUUGUCA